GUUCAAGAAAUGUCAAUGUGUAUUCAAUUGUAUUGAGACUGUUUUGUUAGGCUGCACUACACUAAUUGUGGUGCAAUGGCGACGCCUAGUGGCGAAAGAGAGAUACUGUUUUUGGAUGACGUUACUGUAUAAGUAGAUGAAGUUUAGUUUCAACAUGUUUUAAACGGAUAAGUACCAACGGCUGUUCUGAAUAUCGGAUCCUCGGAGGUAUACGUCCUUUUACGAUGAAAGAGUUGGAUUUCAAUAAAUCUCAAGAAGAUAAACCAGCCUGAUUCUUUGCCGUUCGCUAUCUGUCUAUGGCCAUUGUAGACACAACUGCUAGGACAGAAUAGUAAAAGGACGAAACACAGCGGGUGAAGAUCAAAGAACAUCGUAGCAUCACUUCAGUGUCAGAGUCACAGCGACAACAUGGCUUCUCAGAAAAAAGAAAAUAAAGCAGACCUAACAUUAGAAACUAGGUCAUCUGUUAGCUCUUCGUCAAGCAAGACUGUUUCAUCAACGGCUAGCAGCGCAGCAACUAAAGCGAGGGCCAAAGCAGAAGCACUAAAAGUAAAGAGCGCAUAUGCAGAGAGGGAGGCAACCAUGUUGAGGGAGAAAGCGCGCAUUGAGGAACAGCGGCAGAGAACACUUGCACAAGCAGAGCGCAAUAAAGCAGAUGUGGAAAACGGAGCUCAAGGUAUUGCAGUUAGAGAGGGAGGCAGCAGCAGCAUCCAGAGAGGCAGAGGUAUAUGAAGCUGCAGCAGACUUGGAUGAUAGGCACAGCGAUGUAGGGGAUGAAGAGAGAGCUCAACGCACCAGGGAGUACGUGCAGAACCACACUCCGGUACAAAACGCUCAGGAACCACUUCCUGACCCACAGCACGCACCUAUGGAUCCAAAUCCCCCUCUACACCAGUCUCCUCAGACACCCCAUCACCACGUCAGCUACCAACAGCAUGCUACUGCAGAGCCAAAUCCCCCUCUCCACCAGUCUCCUCAAACUCCCCAUCACCAUGUCAGCUCCCCACAGCAUGCUGGUAUGGGCUUUGAGCGCCAGCAGAACAGUGCGACACGGAGGCAACCAGCUACAGUCCCUCCUUCUCGUGUCUCACCAGAAGGCUACGCCAACAUGCCACCUCAGAUACCUGAUAUCGCCACCUAUUUGAUAAGGAGAGAGAUGGUGAGUUCUGGGUUGACCCAAUUUGACGACCAUCCCGAAAAUUAUUGGGCAUGGAAAACCUCAUUCCAGAACAUCACACAUGACCUCAACCUGACGCACCGAGAGGAACUCGACCUUCUCGUCAAAUGGCUCGGCCCAGAGUCAUCCCCCCAGGCUAAACGAAUGAGGUCAGUGCAUGUAACCAGCCCUGCAAACGCAGUCAAAACAAUAUGGCAGCGACUAGAGGAAUGCUUCGGGUGCCCUGAGGUCAUCGAACAUGCUCUGCUGAAAAGGCUGGAAGAUUUUCCACGCCUCACCAACAAAGAACCUCGUCAGUUAAGAGAGCUCGGCGACCUGCUGCUUGAAUUGGAGUCUGCAAGGUGGAGCGGUCUAACGCCUGGGCUUGCAUAUCUCGACACAGCACGUGGUGUUAACCCUAUAGUUGAAAAACUCCCCUUCAACCUGCAGGAAAGAUGGGUGACACAAGGCUCCAGAUACAAAGAGGACUACAAGGUAGCUUUUCCACCUUUCAGCUUUUUUGUACAGUUCAUUUGCAACCAAGCAAAAACCAGAAACGACCCAAGUUUUGCAUUCUCAUCAUCCACCUAUUCAAACAGCCAGAAGCCAGACAGAGCAGCUAAAUUCAGCAACACGCCCUCUGUCUUUGUCAAGAAGACUGAGGUGUCAGCCACAGCUCCAAGCUCCCUGAACAACCAGUCUGAAAGGAAAACUGAUGAGCCAGAUAAACAUUGCCCCAUCCAUAACAAGCCCCACCCCCUUUUUAAGUGCCGCACCUUUAGGAACAAGCACCUAGACGACAGGAAAGCAUUUCUGAAGGAGAACUCCAUCUGUUAUCGAUGCUGUGCUUCUACUAGACACCUUGCAAAGGACUGCAAAUUGUCUGUCAAAUGCAGAGAAUGUGACAGCGAUAGACAUAUCUCCGCACUCCAUCCUGGUCCUGCCCCCUGGUCAGCUGAAGAGACCAAAUGUGAACCAGAACAAAACAGAGUGGAGAAGAAUGACAUGCCCUUUAAUGUCACCUCAAAAUGCACCGAGGUAUGUAAUAGCUCUCGUCAGCCCAGAUCAUGCUCUAAAAUCUGUCUGGUGGAAGUCUACCCCUCAAACCAGCGUGAAAAGAUGAGACGUGUCUAUGCCGUGCUGGAUGAACAGAGUAACAGAUCAUUGGCUAAGUCACAGUUCUUUGAUCUGUUCGGCAUUGAAAGUAACCCCUCUCCCUACACUUUGAGAACAUGCUCUGGCACAGUUGAGACGGCGGGGAGAAAAGCAAGUAACUUCACUGUAGAGUCACUCAAUGGAGAAACCAUAGUGAAGCUCCCUACCCUCAUAGAAUGUAACUCAAUGCCUGACGACAAAGAGGAAAUCCCGACACCAGAGAUAACACAGCUCUUUCCUCACCUCACUCCAGUGGCUGACAAGAUCCCGCCUCCUGAUCCCAGCGCUCAGAUCCUCCUACUCCUGGGGAGAGACGUCUUAAGUGUGCACAAGGUACGUGAGCAGCAUAAUGGCCCCAACAACACACCAUACGCACAACGCUUAGACUUGGGCUGGGUCAUUGUAGGAGAGAUCUGCCUGGAUGGAACUCACCAGCCUACUGAUGUUAAUGUCUACAAAACAAACAUACUCCCAAACGGCAGAGCCUCAUACUUCACAUCAUGCCCCAAAAGCAUCCAUGUCAAAGAGCAGGCAAGUUCUCAAUCUCUCCAGUACUUACCCGCAAAAGGCUUCAGCGCUGACACAAACUGUAUUGGAGACGGUGUUUUCUUCAGGACGGCAGACGAUGAAAAAACAGCCCUGUCAAUUGAGGAUAAACUCUUUUUGGAUUUAAUGGAAAAAGAAGUGUAUCUCGCUGAAGACAACCACUGGGUGGCGCCAUUGCCUUUUCGCUCACCACGAAUCCGGCUUCCUGACAACAAAGAACAAGCAAAACACAGGCUAAACUCAUUACAGCGCACCUUUCAAAAGAAACCAGGAAUGAAAGAACAUUUCUUUGACUUCAUGCAAAAGGUCAUUGAAAAUCAGCAAGCAGAACCCGCUCCACCUCUGAAACCAGGUGAGGAAUGUUGGUAUUUGCCAAUAUUUGGCGUCUACCAUCCCCAAAAGCCCGACAAAAUAAGAGUGGUGUUCGACUCAAGUGCCCAGUACAGUAACAUCUCACUCAAUGACGUUCUGAUGACGGGGCCCGACCUCAACAACACAUUAAUAGGUGUCUUGGUGCGUUUUCGAAAAGAAAGGAUUGCCAUCACAGCGGACAUCGAGCAAAUGUUUUACUGUUUCAAGGUAAAGGAAGAUCACCGCAACUAUCUUCGCUUCCUGUGGCACAAAGAAAACUGCCCUGAAGAGGAGAUAAUUGAUUACCGGAUGACUGUACAUGUCUUUGGAAAUAGUCCGUCACCAGCUGUUGCCAUAUAUGGACUGAGACGCACAGCAGAGCAUGGCGAAGCAGAGCAUGGCACUGACGCUAAAGAAUUUGUGCUCCACAACUUUUAUGUCGACGACGGCAUCACAUCUGUUCCCAGUGAGGAGGAAGCUGUUGACCUCUUAAAACGCACACAGGAAAUGCUGGCAGAGGCUAACCUGAGACUCCACAAGAUGACCUCAAACAGCGCCACAGUCAUGGAGGCCUUUCCACCAGAGGACAGAGCGAAGGAUCUCAAAGACUUGGAUUUUAACGCUGAUCCACUGCCUCUCCAACGCAGUCUUGGUGUAAGCUGGAACCUUAAAAACGACUGUUUCACAUUCAAAGUGUCAAGAGAGGUCAAACCAUUCACACGAAGAGGAGCACUGGCCACUGUCAAUAGUCUGUAUGACCCCUUGGGGUUCGUCUCUCCCGUCACUAUGCACGGAAAAGCCUUAGUGAGAGAAUUCACAUCAAUGCAGCAAGAAUGGGACACGCCUCUCCCAGCAGAAAAAAGGGCACAAUGGGAAGCAUGGACUACAUCUCUUACUGACCCUGAACACCUACAUAUCCCAAGACAGUAUGUUCCAGUCACUCUCUCGCAGGCUCAUUCUAAGGAGCUCUGCGUCUUUUCAGACGCGUCUGUUCUGGCCAUAGCUGCUGUUGCAUAUCUGAGAGUCAUAGACUCAGACGGACAAUAUCAUGUGGGCUUUGUGAUGAGCAAAUCUAAGCUGGCUCCAUUUCCUGCUCACACCAUCCCACGGCUGGAGCUGUGUGCCUCAGUGCUCGCUGUUGAACUCAUGGAGCUAAUAGAGGAAGAGUUGGACACAGGGCUGCAGGUCAAGUUCUACACAGACAGCCGUGUAGUACUCGGCUACAUUCACAAUACCACAAGGAGAUUUCACAUGUAUGUGGCCAACAGAGUAACACGCAUAAGAAAAUCAACCACACCGAGCCAGUGGCAGUACGUUCGAACUGACCUGAACCCAGCUGAUCACGCCACCAGGAUUAUGCCGCCAGCUCAACUGCACCUCACCAACUGGUUCACCGGUCCUAAGUUCCUCACACAGCCAGGCGCUCCAGAAGACACAGAGGCAGAGUGUUUUCAGCUUGUAAACCCGGACCUGGACCUUGAAAUCCGAACUCAGGUGACUACACUGGCAACCUCAAUUGCAAAUCACACUCUGGGCUCAGACAGAUUCCAGCGUUUUUCAAGCUGGAAAUGUCUUGUGAAAGCUGUUGUUGUACUUACCCAUGUCGCAAAGUCAUUCUCUCAAUCAUCACGCACAGAGACCUGUAGAAAAUGGCAUUACUGCACAAAACCUUGCACAUCUGAGCACACACAAGCAAAAUCUACAGUUAUUAAAGCUGUGCAACAAGAUGUGUACGAAGACGAGUUCAAGAGCCUAACACAGGAUGGGAAAGUGUCACAACAUAGCUCACUCAAACAACUUGACCCCUUUAUCGACGAUGAAGGACUGCUGAGAGUUGGUGGGCGUGUGCACAAAGCUGACCUCUCUGACCAAGAAAAGCAUCCUUUAAUCAUACCACCAAAUCAUCACGUAGCUACGCUGCUCGUUCAACAUUACCAUAGCCAUGUAGCCCACCAAGGCCGCCAUUUCACUGCGGGCGCAGUACGCACAGCAGGACUGUGGGUUGUAGGUGCCAAAAAGCUCAUAUCAAGUGUCAUCCACAGAUGUGUCAUGUGCAGGAAACUGAGAGGGAGACUGGAAAAUCAGAAAAUGUCAGAUCUUCCUGCAGACAGGUUGUCUGUAGAUCCCCCAUUCACACACACCGGGCUGGAUGUGUUUGGUCCAUGGAGUGUUGUGGCACGUCGAACAAGAGGGAGCAGUGUUGAAAACAAAAGAUGGUCUGUCGUAUUUAGCUGUUUAAGUACCAGAGCAGUUCACCUGGAGCUGAUUGAGUCAAUGUCAGCUUCAAGUUUCAUAAAUGCUUUGCGCCGCUUCUUGGCUGUCAGAGGCCCAGUUCAACAUCUACGUUCAGACAGAGGGACAAACUUCAUCGGUGCCUGUGGGGAACUACAAAUCAACACAGAGGACGCAGAGAUAAAAAACUUCAUGCAAGAUCGAGGCUGCACCUGGUCAUUUAAUGCACCACACUCAUCGCACAUGGGAGGAGCAUGGGAAAGGAUGGUUGGGAUCGCACGCCGUAUCCUCGACGGCCUCCUGUUGAAAGAAAGUGCCACAAGACUCACACAUGAAGUUCUGACUACACUAAUGGCUGAAGUCAUGGCCAUCAUGAACUCUCGACCUUUGACCCCUGUCUCAACAGACGCAGAAAUGCCUCAAGUUCUCUCACCUGCAAUGCUGUUGACUCAAAAAGCCAGUGUUGCACCUGCUCCACCAGGAGACUUUAAGAUCGACCACCUACACAAAAGCCAGUGGCGUCAGGUCCAGAGCCUAGCAGACUGCUUCUGGAGAAGAUGGAGGCAGGAGUACUUGACCACGCUGCAGCCUAGGAGGAAGUGGACUGAGGCCAGACCUAAUCUUCAGGAAGGUGAUGUCGUCCUGCUUAAAGACUGUCAGGUGAAGCGCAAUGAAUGGCCGGUUGGGCUCAUCACGAAGACCAUGCCAAGCAGUGACAACAGAGUUCGUAAGGUCAUGGUGAAGACUGCCAAACAAGGGACUGUAAAAGAGUACUUAAGACCUAUUAAUGAGUUAGUUGUACUUCUUCCCAAGGUUGGUAAUUAAUGGGAGAAUAAUAAUAUAGUGGCAUAAUAGCUAUUACGCCAGACGGGGAGUGUUCUGUUCAAGAAAUGUCAAUGUGUAUUCAAUUGUAUUGAGACUGUUUUGUUAGGCUGCACUACACUAAUUGUGGUGCAAUGGCGACGCCUAGUGGCGAAAGAGAGAUACUGUUUUUGGAUGACGUUACUGUAUAAGUAGAUGAAGUUUAGUUUCAACAUGUUUUAAACGGAUAAGUACCAACGGCUGUUCUGAAUAUCGGAUCCUCGGAGGAAUACGUCCGUAAGUUUUCCUUUGGUUAUUGUAGGUAGAUAUCGUAAUUAACAGUUGUGUGAAUAUGUAGGCAACAAUUUAAUUGUUGUCAAGUUAUCAUAUUAUGUCAACCUAGCUGAGUAUUUCUUUGUGUAAAUUAAGCUAGCUCCAACUGCAUGUGCGCAGGCUAACGUGUGUAUAAAAUAUGGAUAUUUGGCUCAUUAGUAAUUAUACUUUUGUUUGUAUUCCAUAGUUUUACGAUGAAAGAAUUGGAUUUCAAUAAAUCUCAAGAAGAUAAACCAGCCUGAUUCUUUGCCGUUCGCUAUCUGUCUAUGGCCAUUGUAGACACAACUGCUA